AUGCAGUUCUCCGCGUAUCCGCCGAUCUUCCACCGCAUGCGGACACCGUUCUUCGCCGCCCUCACGGAGCUCUCCCUUGAUCGUUGCACCUUUGACUCCGUUUGCGACUUCUUCGAUCUCGUAUGGUCAUGCCCGGAGCUUUCCCGUCUGAUCGUGCAAGAUUGCGACGUACAGACCGGCCCCGUCGACGUGCCAUCUAUCAGGCAGAUGCAUGCCUUCGCUCGCGAGCAUAAGGCGGAAAUAUUCACAAAACUCACCCAUCUACGUCUCUACGGAUAUCCUCUUUCCACAAGGCGGUUCAUCCCAGGGCGACUGUUUGGAUCAACGGUGACAACGCUGCAAAUUGCAUGCCGCGAGCUUGCAGACGCAUACUCUACCCCUAGCUUCCUAUGGUACUGCUUUCCCGCGCUACAAGAUGUGACUAUCGUCAUCCUGAACACGACGUGGCAUGCGUAUAUGCGGCGCACUGGCCGCACCCUCCCGAAUCCACCGUAUUUCCUUGCGCUUGCCACCCGACAUCGCCAGGUGCCGUAUCCGACCGCCACCCUCCGCAGGCUCACGUUCCGCAUCACAUAUGCCUGGGACGGAGACCUUGCCCACUGGGGCUGCAAAGCCCUUUUCGGCGAGGAGGAACGCGCGGACCUGCCUGAGCCGCGUUCGCUCUAUCCCAAGCUAGAGCGGAUGGAGGUGGAGCUGUUACGUGACGGGCCCGGAGACGAGUGCUUCGAGCACAUCGCUAAUGCGAUACCGAGCAUGGUGGACGUGUUGCGCUUCAAAGACGAUCGGGGAGUGCCUUUCGGAGUGCUUGACGGUCAUAUACAGAUGAUGCCCUCGUCAUGA